ACUUCCACAGUGCUGUGCUUUGCUGCAGGAAAGCCGUCUCUUUCCCCUUGCUUCUGAAACCUCCUUUUGGACCUAAACAUUGCGACGGGAAUAAGCACCCAUCUGCACGGGGAUGUUGAACUCAGUCACUCACAGCACCUUUCUGCCAAACACAAUGAUCUGCGAACCCCUGAUGUCUUGGACAGAAUUGUUUGGGACAACUGAGGACUAUUAUCCCUCCUUUGAUCAUCAGACAGUUGGCAAUUCUUGCUGGACAUCUAUUCACCCGGAAUACUGGAGUAAACACAAUGUCUGUGAGUGGCUGCAGUUUUGCUGUGACCAAUACAAACUAGACGCCAACUGCAUCUCCUUUUCCCACUUUAAUAUUACCGGCUUGCAGCUCUGCAGCAUGACCCAGGAGGAGUUCACAGAUGCUGCCGGCGUUUGUGGCGAAUACCUUUAUUUCAUCUUACAGAACAUCAAGAUACAUGGCAUUUCCUUUUUUACUGACACCGAAGAAACCAAGCCAACUAUCAAAGAUUACAAUGAUAAGGCUUGCCUGAGAACAGGGGGCUCUAAGAGUCAAGAGUGUCACAGCCAUGGGAGAACAAGCCUGCAGAGUUCUCACUUGUGGGAAUUUGUAAGAGACCUCCUCCUGUCUCCAGAAGAAAACUGUGGCAUUCUCGAUUGGGAGGAUAGAGAACAAGGCAUCUUUCGGGUUGUUAAGUCAGAAGCCCUGGCAAAGAUGUGGGGACAAAGAAAGCGAAAUGACCGAAUGACAUAUGAAAAACUGAGUAGAGCUCUCCGGUGCGUUAGUAGGUAUUAUUAUAAAACUGGAAUUUUGGAACGCAUAGACAGAAGGCUAGUGUACAAGUUUGGAAAGAAUGCCCAUGGGUGGCAGGAGAACAAGCUAUGAACUAACAGUCCCAUG